GCUUGCAUGCUUGCUUGCAUGUAUCAAUGUAUAUUGGUAAUUGUAUGUGCUUGUAUGGAUAUAUAACCAAUAUAAUAAUGUAAUGUGAUUUUUUGUCAUUUACAGUACAACAAAAUAGAUUUUGCUUGUAAGCAGUUAGCGCAUUGAAGGAUAGAAGAGCACAACAUAACACCAUGGGUAAAGCUCGCCGCGCCCGUCAGAAGCUGCACUUGCCGGCGUCCGGCGUGCCGCGCCGCCCGGAGCCCGAUGCCGAGGCGGUGCCUGAGGCUGUUCCGGUGGCCGCCCCGCCGCCCCCGAGCGGCGCCAGUCCGUUCGCCGGUCUGCAGAUUCCUCCGGAGGCGCUGCGCCAGAGGCUGCCCGACUUUGACGCGCGCUCGGUGCGCAGCGAGACGGCACGCUCCGUGCGCAGCACAAAGUCCACCGUGCGCGGACAGGCGGCCAUGAAGAAAAAGGACAAACGGAAAGUGCGCCGCGAGGCCUUCAUGCAGAAGUUGGACUCAGUGAUGGAGUCUCUGCGCAGCGCGCGCGCGGCCAAGCGGCGCCGCGCCACGGCCGUGGUGGGGGACAUGCGGCCACUCGCCGACGCGCUGCCCGACCCGGUGCUACUGGAGAAGGAGCGAGCCGCCAAAAAGGCAGCCGCCCGGCAGCGUCGGCAGCCCAGCCAGAAGCGGCGCGGCAUGCCCAAACAGAAGGCCCUCCACAAACAAUACCUGUCGGACAUCGCCCAGUUUCAGCGGGUACUGGAGCACCCCAUCUACCAGGAGGACCCCGAGGGCAUUGUCUCGGAGCACGUGCAGCAGUGGGUGCUCAAGGACGCAGAGGGUAUGGAGGUGUAGCGGCUGUGGUGUGAUACAGCGCGCUCCAACUGUGUACCGACUCAUGCAUGCGUGGCGAGAUGCGCUUUGUGUCGAGGCGUCGCAGUGUGGACACGGGUUGGGAGGACUGUUACGUGUUUUGGUGAGUGUGGAAGACGUUUCACCAGGCCCAUCAGGAUGAGCCGGAGUUUCUUAUUUGUGUUGUCUCGGUGCAACAGUGUUGGGACAUAUCGUUCCAGCCGUAAUUGAUAACAUUUCGGAUGCUCGAGUUAUACCCAGCGGCCCAGUUCAUCGGCCUCAGUGGGUUUAUGAGUGGAACAAGCAGUACCUGUGUAUCAGCCAGGCUAGUAAGCUGACCCGGGGUUAGCGUCCCUUGCCUCUGAAUGUUACCAGCCAUGUGAUGAGCACCAACCAGGCUCUCUGGCCAUCAUUAGGGUUGGGUGGAGCUAAUAGCGGAACGUGUUCCUUGGGAUGUGCUACAACGUGGUAAUCCUGAACAUGCAGUUUGCAUUGCCUGAUUUAUGUUGUCAAAGCUGAAUGACUAAGAGGGACGCCGUACGCCUUUUUUUUUUACCCCGGGGCGGGGCAGAUGGGUGCUGUGCUGGAUAAACGGAUUCCGAACCUUUUUGCGACCCAAGGAAGGACGCGGGUCUCUAGGGAUUGCCUCAGUGGGAUGCUGCUGGGGUGCGGGUCUGCACCACGUCCGUUUACUUUUGAAGAGGUGUCGUAAAAUACAACUGGUUCAUGUGACA